AUAAAACUUUCCCUUCAAAAAUAUAUCUUCUUUCUAGUUCUUACACAUUGCUAUUCUAGUUUGCAAGCCUACCAAACACAUCCUAAAAUAAUGAAAACAAAAAACUAUAUAAUUUAUGCAAGAUGUUCAUUUUAAUAUAUAAUCCAAAAUAUUUUCUUCGAAUGCUUUUUAAGGAUUUGCUAGAUGUAUGAAUUUAAUCUGCGUAUUGAUCUAAUUAUGCAUUCUAUAGUCUGCGCUCUGCUUGUUUAUUCAUCCAUAACCAUCUAUUAUCUAUUAGAAAUCCAUAAUUACAUUCCUUGAGACGAUAAUGGUAUUCUGUUAGCGCCACAUUUGAAAUGCCACACAAAAGCACAAAACUUUCCACACGUACAUAGACUAGAUGAAGAAGGGGUUGUAUAGUUACGCCCAUACCCUGUUAGCUUUUAGCAUUAAGGCAUUUUAUAAGUCAUAAGUCAUGUCAUAAGGCUUUAAUAAUUUAUUAACCACAAAACGAAAGCACACAAAACUGAAUUCCAACUAAGCAACAGGACACAAUAAAUGUUGAAUAGAAGAAACAAAAAAACUGACUACACCCAUUGCAAUUGUUUUUUACGGGGGAAACAAUCCAAGAGUGAGAGAAGGGUGAGGAGGAGGAGGAGGAAAUGAACCUCUCGCAUAAGGUCAACUGGGCCAUUUCGUAGACUAUUUUUGUACAUGCAUAUUUGAUAUAAGCUGACAAACGGGCCGCAUAAUGUUAAGUGGACUAUUAACUUUUUUAUGCCGAUGCCGUGUGUGUGACGUCAUGCUUCUGCCCAAAUUAGCCAAUUAUAUCAGAGAAAUGAGCUCAUUGAGGCAGCAGGAGAAGGCGGAGCAACGUGAAACAAUUGGUAGCAGUUCUAUGGAAUUUUAGACUAGCAGAGUUGCAUGUUUAAUGUGACUCUAAAGGAUUAGCUAUUUAUUGGCUGUCAGUCAACUCGUCAUGGGCAAAUAGAAAUCACAGAGUUUGGCACUGUGACCUCCUGCUCCGUUUGCUCCUUUUUCCAGUUGCUUCGGCUGCCUUCAGUAUUUAGCUUUUCCCUUUGGCCAUUUGUGUUGUGGUCACUGUGGUGAUAUGGCGACGCGUCCCCAUUUGUGGGGCCUCGCCUUCUUUGCGCUGUUGUGAGCGCUGUCAGUUUGGCGACAACAAUGAGCACGGCCAGACCAAUAGUGCUGGCCACACGCGAACCACAACCACAACUACAACGACAACAACAACGAGAGCGAACACUUUGCUUAUCGAUUUUCUUGAUACACAUCAGCAACGAGCCUUUGCCAGUUAAAAUAUCACUACAAAAUAAAAGCAAAUACUUAACAGGCAGCUCCGAUAGACAGGCAGGCAGGCGUUUGAUGCCUGCCUGAGACGAGAACGGCCUCUCGAUGAGCAUGCUGGGAUUUGUGUACUUGGUCCUCAUACUGGGCUGGAUAUUGAUCGUGUUGUUUCUCAAGUGCAAAAAGUCGUUGACGGCGCCGUUUCGCUUCAGCGAGAACUACACCGAUGCCAUCGCUGAGACCGGAGAGCGUCGUCCUUCGGUGCAUGUGAUACAGCUGCAGAGCGAGGAUAUCGAACAGGAGGAUCACUAUAUGAAUAACUUUCAUCGACAGUCGGAUAACUUGCAGCGUUACUCGCAUCGUUCGACCCUCGAGGAGCGCACCAUCGAACGCACGUAUCCCACAGAUGCCGUCAUUAAUCCCGCCUUCAUGCACGACGAGGACUAUGUCAUCAACGCGCCACCGCCCACGUAUGAGGAGGUAAUGCGACAGCCGCAGGUUUAUCCGCAGGCGCGUCACAAUAACCAUAAGAUUAGCGAUGCAAAUAUCUAAGGAAUUUAUAAUCGUACUAAGUUAGUGUACAUAGUUUCGUUAUCAGCUGUGAUUUUCGAUUUGUAAAUACAUAUAACAAUUAAUUUGAAUUGCGUAUUUGAUAUUUUAUUCAUUUGUGUUGUGUGUGUGUGUUUGUUUGUUUGUUUUUCUGGGGUCGAGCAACAAAAUCAAUUCAAUUGAUUUAAACGAUGCCGCCGCCGCCGCAUUACAAUUAACAUUAAUUAAUUAAUACACAUAGAAAAUGUACAAAAUGAUUUUACAUAUGUUGUUUAUAAACAAACAGUCAGUCCAAAGUGUGAGUUGCAAAAUAAAUAAAUAAUGAAUGAAAAAGAAAGAAAUAAUGAAAUUAAAAAAAUAAAAACAAAAUAAUUUCAACAAAGUGUGAGUGCGCAAUGUGUGAGUUGUGUGUAAAAUAUAUAAAAAUUGUUGGCAUUUGGCUAACUUAAGUCACUAAAUUCGAUACACAUUUAAACAUUCAUAU